CUGGGUUAAAUCCUCCAAGCCUCCCCGCCCACGCGCCCGGCCCUAGAAAUACGCACGCGCAGAGGGUACGCAGCCCAGGGCCUGCUGGGAGUCGUAGUUUUAACGCGUAGUUUCUCCUCACGCCUCCUGCCUCCAGCCCCACACCGCCGCCCUUUCCGGCUUCAGGCCUAGGAAUCUUACGACACCGGGGGGCGGGGCUAUGCGCCGGCAGUGUUGACCAGUCGCUUAGCAACCGAGAGGCUUACUUUUGGAAGCUUGUUACCGCUCUAGCCACGGUCCUGCCCUCUUCCCGCCACGCCCCUCCCCUAAACUCCCUUCACCUAGGAGCUGCCAAACAUCUGGAUCAACCUGGGCACUACGAGGGGUUGAAUUUCUACCAUUAACGCGCCUUUUGACAUUUUUUUCCCGACCUCCUGCUCACAUGCGUAAAACCCACUGAAUCUUUUACUACACUUUUUAUGAGAACAAGACAUUUUCUAGGAAGAUGGUGGCAGAAAAAGAGACCCUGAGCUUAAACAAAUGCCCAGACAAGAUGCCGAAGAGGACCAAGCUGCUGGCCCAACAGCCGCUCCCGGUGCACCAGCCUCACUCCCUGGUUUCUGAGGGCUUCACAGUCAAAGCCAUGAUGAAAAACUCAGUCGUGAGAGGCCCUCCAGCUGCAGGGGCAUUUAAAGAAAGACCAACCAAGCCCACAGCAUUUCGAAAAUUCUAUGAGCGAGGUGACUUCCCAAUUGCCCUUGAGCAUGAUUCGAAAGGAAACAAGAUCGCCUGGAAGGUAGAAAUUGAGAAGCUGGAUUACCAUCAUUAUCUGCCUCUGUUUUUUGAUGGGCUUUGUGAAAUGACAUUUCCCUAUGAGUUUUUUGCUCGGCAAGGAAUCCACGACAUGCUGGAACACGGUGGGAACAAGAUCCUACCUGUCCUUCCACAGCUCAUUAUCCCGAUAAAAAAUGCCUUGAACCUCCGAAACCGACAGGUCAUCUGUGUCACUCUCAAGGUCCUCCAGCAUCUGGUUGUGUCAGCUGAGAUGGUGGGCAAUGCCCUGGUGCCUUAUUACCGUCAAAUCCUCCCUGUCCUGAACAUCUUUAAGAAUAUGAAUGGGUCUCACUCUUUGCCCAGGCUGGAGUGCAGUGGCACGAUCAUGGCUCGCUGCAACCUUGACCACCUGGGCUCAAGUGAUCCUCCCACCUCAGCCUCUCAAGUAGCUGAGAUUAUAGUGAACUCCGGAGAUGGCAUUGACUACAGCCAGCAGAAGAGGGAGAACAUUGGUGACUUGAUCCAGGAGACGCUGGAGGCCUUCGAGCGCUACGGAGGAGAAAAUGCCUUUAUCAACAUUAAGUACGUGGUCCCAACCUACGAGUCUUGCUUGCUAAACUAACAGUGGCAGCAGCUGGGACUUGAAGCCUCCCGUUGGUGUUGGGAUCAUCUGUCUCUGCUGCUUUUAGCAUCUCAUUCCUUGUGACUUCCACAGCUUUCUUUUCUACAGCUGCUAAAACAGUGGCUUAUGGGCCAUUGGACUGUUAGCCCUAUUGAGAGCAAGGCUUUCCAAUACAUAAAUAGUGCCUGUUUCUUAGAUUACAAUAGUGUACUGUGCUUAUUUGUUCUAUGAGAAGAAUUGCUUCUUUAUACAGCUCCGACAGAAGCAGGAGUCCGAGUUAAACCUUCAGUUGUAUAGACAAUAAACUAUAAUUUUCAUACGCAA